AAGCAUCAUAGAAUAAUUUAGGAUCAUACACACAUUAAUGUUUUUGGAUUCUCAGCAACAUCCUAUAGUUUUACAAAAAAAAAAAAAACUAAAAAUAACAAACUAUUUUAAGCUUGUGUUUUAAAACACACACAUACACCCUCUCUCUCAUUAUUCAAGAAUAGAUAUAUAGAUAAUUGAGAAUUCAAAGAGAGAGAGAGAGAAGAAUGAGUUGUGGUGUUAUGUUGAUUUGUGUUGUGUGGUGAAAAACUGAAAAUGAAAUAGAAAUAGGCUUAACUCAAUGAAUGAACAAUUUCUCCUUGUGUUUGUGAUGUAAGAAUCAAAGAAGAAUUGUUUCAAAUAAUUAACAAAACAAAAAAAGAGAAAAGAAGGGUCACUUACAAUUUCAAUGCCUUCCUUAGACUCUCUUGAUUCCUUCCUCUUUUCUCUUAUCAAAGACUUCUCUUCUCCUUUCGGAAUUUUUGUUCAAAUUCAGGGAUGUGUAAUUUGCUUACUCCUAGCUUUUGGGUGGGCUGCAGCUGCUUAUGUUAGGAGAAGAGAGAUAAAGAGAAUAAAGAGGAGUAUUCAUAAUGGCAAUAGCUUUGCUUUCAUUUGUCAAGAUAUCAAUGAACUUGAACACUCUAAUCAAGUCAAUUUGCCAAGAGUAACAAUAAUUAUGCCUCUAAAAGGGUUUGGCGAACACAAUCUCCACAAUUGGAGGACUCAGUUAACAUCUCUUUAUGGUGGCCCUUUAGAAUUUAUUUUAGUGGUAGAAAGUAUAGAAGAUCCUGCUUACCAUGCUGUUUCAAGACUAAUAUCAGAAUUUAAGGAUUCUGUUGAGGCUAGGGUGCUUGUAGCUGGUUUGUCAACAACUUGUAGUCAAAAAAUUCACAAUCAAUUGGUAGGAGUGGAGUCCAUGCAUAAAGACACCAAAUAUGUGUUGUUUUUGGAUGAUGAUGUUAGACUACAUCCUGGUUCAAUUGGAGCUCUCACUCGUGAGAUGGAAAAGAAUCCCGAGAUAUUUAUUCAAACUGGAUAUCCUCUUGAUUUGCCAUCUGGAAGUUUAGGCAGUUACUGCAUCUAUGAAUACCAUAUGCCUUGUUCAAUGGGAUUUGCAACUGGUGGAAAAACAUUCUUUUUGUGGGGAGGGUGCAUGAUGAUGCAUGCUGAAGAUUUUAGGCAAGAUAAUUGUGGUGUAGUAUCAGAACUUAGAAAUGGUGGAUAUUCUGAUGAUAUGACUCUUGCAGCCAUAGCUGGUGCUCAUAAAAAGCUAAUUUCUUCGCCUCCGGUUGCCGUCUUUCCUCAUCCUCUAGCAAGUGAUCUUAAUUUUGGAAGAUACUGGAAUUAUCUGAGGAAACAAACUUUUGUGUUGGAGUCAUACACGACGAAAGUUAACCGUGUGAUGAACCGCGCAUUAUUCGCUGUUCACUGUUAUUUGUCAUGGGGAUUUGUAUCGCCGUACGUUAUGGCGAUAAUUCAUGUUGCAGCAGCACUACAAUCUCACUUUAAGGGUUACUCACAUGAGGAAAUAGCCUACACUUCUGGUGGGUUAUCUUUGGUGUACUUCUUAGCUUUUUGCACUUUUCUUGAGCUUCUUUCAAUGUGGAACUUGACAAGGAUAGAAGUUCAACUUUGCAAUUUUUUGUCACCUGAAGCAUCCCCACUUUCUAUUGCUAACUAUAAUUGGUGUCUUGUUUUCAUUGCUAUGUUGGUGGAUAACUUUCUAUAUCCUUUAUCUGCAAUUCGUUCUCAUUUCUCUCAAUGCAUUAAUUGGUCUGGUAUCAUAUACCAUUUGAAAGAUGGAAAAAUCAACAAGAUAGAUAGGACUCCAACAACCCAAGAUAGCGUUCCAGUUUUCACAGACUUGGGAGGAAAACAUUUAUAUGGAAGGAAAGGGUUUCCUACAAAAGGCUCAUUCCUUAGUUCAUUGUCCAAAAGUUUCUCACAAUGGCGUCAACCAAAGAGAUCUGAAUAACUAUGAAAAAUGGCUUCAUUUUUUUCAGCAUACAAAGUUUGUGAUUGAUUGAUUCUUUAGUUUGGUAGAAUCCUAGUUACAUAUUUUUUUGUUAUUAAUUUUCUAUCAUAGUUCUGUAAUUCAUGUAUUAUAUAAUCAAUAAUCACUAAGUGUACAGAAAGUGGUUAAGUGUACAUACAGUUAGUGAUUCAAAUUCAAUUUUUAUGAUUCCAUGUUUCUGUUUCACAUAAUAUUCUCUGAUGGAUUUUACUUAACGCGUGUUUGGUGUUAAGUUCAUGACUUCAAUCAUGCGUCUAACUCUUUUUCACCGCAAAUUGUAGAAACUCCAAAACUAAGCUUCUGCUGCAAGUUGAAUUUUCACUGUGAUUUGGGUGAACAGAAGCAAACAUAGGCUUAAACAAUGCAUUUUGUAAGUUUCAGCAAUUAUAAGACAAAACAUGCAAUUACCUGGAUAAUCUUAUGUUCAUAAUGAAGCACUUGUUAAUGAGAAUGGUUUAAGACUUGAGGAAAAAAAUCAUAUACAUUGAAUUUUUUCUUCUAACUAAACUCUAAUGUUCCUUCAAACCGACCAAUGCGACUGAGAAACUGCAAACGUACAAAUGAAUCCAAAAUAUUUUUAGAGUUCCUUCGAGGCAAACGUACUUUUGGACUAAAACUUAAGUUAGCAACGGAAAUCCAAACAUAGUACUAGCUAUUGCUCCAAGUCUCCAACGUAGAAGUCCUCAAUCAUGUCAAAGACUCGAGUUGCAUGUUGUGGCC